CGCCAAGUGCUAUCAGGCCCAGACGUCCCUUCGCUCAGUGUGGGACACAGAGGAGGACCAUGGACAUUUUUUGGAGACGCCAGACUUACUGACCACCAAAUCCCUCCAGGCUCCCAAUAGAGACAGCUCCCAGGAUCCAAGGAGAGCUGCGGGACUGAGAGAGAGAGUCAAAAUACAUGGCCAAGAAAAAUGCCAAGAAGGAAGUGACAGGCAGGAACUGGCAACGAGAUCCUGAGGAGGAGGGAACAUUCUCCCUGGCCAGUGAAGACGUCCUGAAGAAUAGAACCAUCAAGAGAGCCAAGCGGAGACAUGCCCGACCCCAGUCCGAGGGUAAAGGGACUUCCAAAGGGAUUAAAAGUUUGGCUGUGCCUUCCGGAAAUGGAGAAUUUGGCGGUGGCCCUGAAGAGAAGCCUCUGGAAGUAUUGACAACCAGAAGGAACCCAGCCAGGGCUGCUGCAGAGCCGAAGGCCGCCUUGGGUUCUGUUAGUGUAAACGAACCCCCCUCUAUGGACCACGAGCAGGGCUCAGAUGCCCAGACUAAUGUCCACAGUCAGCAUCCUAUCUCCCCAGGCCUUGUUUUCAGUCAAGCUUGCGCUGGGAGUGUCUACCACAGGCAGUUGACUGGCCUGAACUGUUCUGUCCGGGACUGGAUAGUGAAGCACGUGAACGCGAAUCCGUUCUGUGAUCUGACGCCCGUGUUUAAGCAGUACGAGAAAUACUUGGCUGCCAUCGAGAAACAGCUCCACAGCAGCUGCGGCUGUCUUUCUGAAAGUGAACCCAACAGGGACUUGAUUGGGACGCAACCUCCUUCACUAGUUGUUGACAAGGAACUACAGCCCCAGUUGGUCUCAUCUGAAAAGACGGAGUCUAUGUGUGAGAAGAAAGCCGACACAGCACAAGGAGCAACAAGUAUCUCAGGUCAUUUUGGCAAAAACAUUGAAACCCCAGUUUGGGGUUCCUUAAACUCUGGUCCCACCAAUGGAGUUUCAUCGUCUACCAAAAGCUCCAGCUUAGGUGGGAAAGGCACCAGUCCGAGGAAGCCAGCGUCUGCAAAAUCCCUGGAGAGUCCAACACAAGGCAGCAGCGAGGAAGGUAAAGGCAAAAGGGAUGAACCACCCAAAGUGCUCCUUGUCGAAGAGAAGGAGGAGAGCGCUUUCUACUGCAAGAAGUGUAAACUAUUUUACAAGAAGGACAACGAAUUUAAAGAAAAAGGUGUUGGCACGCUAUAUUUAAAGUCCACAGCCAAUCAGAAGACACGGCUCUUAGUACAGGACACUAAGUUAGACAACAUACUCCUGAAUAUUCUGAUCCCACCCGACAUGCCAUGUACCCGAAUGGGGAAAAAUAAUGUUCUUAUCGUCUGUGUACCCAAUCCACCGCUUGAUAAGAAGAACGCCGCCAUCAAGGUCACCAUGCUGAUUCGGGUCAAAACAAGUAAGGAUGCUGAUGAACUGCACAAAAUUUUACAGCAGAAAACGGAUGUCUGA